AUGGUAAUAAAUAGGAUGACUGACAAAAAAAAGUAUUUAGCUGAUUAUUCGUUUGAAUACUUUGUUGAUGAUGGCAAACGGUUAACUGGUUUGUUCUGGGCUGAUGGUUUAUGCAAGCUUAACUAUAUUGAAUUUGGGGAUGUGAUAUCGUUCGAUGCAACUUUCAAGACAAACAGGUACAAGAUGGUGUUUGUUCCGUUCACUGGCAUUGACAACCAUUGUCGAAAUGUAACAGUUUCAGCUGGGUUGCUGGCAUCGGAGAGUAUUGAAUCAUAUAAAUGGCUUCUGAAUUCAUUUUUAAAGUCAUUUGGUCGGCAACCAAAUGUUGUAGUGACGGAUCAAGACCCUGCUAUGAAACAGGCUAUUGAGGAGGUUUUCCCUAUUAGCAGACGCAGAUUGUGCAUGUGGCACAUAAUGAAAAAAGUGGCAGAUAAGCAUUUAUUGUUAUUGGUUGGACACGAUUUGUGUAAUAAUGAUGAGUUUAAAAGGAGGAUGUGCGACAUUGUUUGGACUGAUUCGAUUGAGCCCGAAGAAUUUGAGAGACAGUGGAAAUUGGUGAUGAUUGAGUUCGGUCUCACUGAAAACAAAUGGAUUGAUGAUAUGUUUGGGAUGAGAUCCAUGUGGAUUCCGGCUUUUUACCGGCAUGAGCCAAUGUCGGGUCUUAUGAGAACAACUUCAAGAUCAGAGACUGAUUGGAGUCAAACUACCUUGGGAAAAGAUGCUGCUAAGAUCUACACCAGGUCUAUAUUUUUUGAUCAGCAAUUAGAGAUACAUGGAACAAUUUCCGAAUGUUUGCCGAUGGACACCAAAGUUGAAGGUCCACGUAUCAGAAUAUUGUUGAAGGACUUUAAAGCACAUGGCGAUGGUUUAUUGGAGGGAAAAAAGAAGAUGGAGGGUGUCCAGAUUGAAAAUGGUGGGAGAGACAAAGACAACGAGGUUGAAGACGACGAAGAAGAAGAUGACUUUGAAGAUUACAGUAGUGAUGAUGUAUCUGAAGAAGAUCAGUGGGAAGAGGUGUCUGAAGAUGACGAGGAUGAGUAG